AGUGACUGCCCCUUCCAUCCAGUUUUUGCCAAAUUAAUAUCUUUAAUGGGAUUUUUUCCCCCCCAUAGUUACAACCGCCCAAUCCCUGCACCACGUGUUCUUGCUCCGAUCUUGAGCAAAACACCAAAAAUGCUUCUGAGGCCAAGAAGGAGAAUGGAGGGAAGUUGCCGAUCCCCAAAAUAUUUUUCGGCACCCGAACUCACAAGCAAAUAGCUCAGAUUGUGAAGGAGCUGCACCGGACUCGCUACUCAAGAGUGCGCAUGACCAUUCUGUCAAGUAGAGAGUAUUCCUGCGUCCAUCCACGGGUCUCCCGAGGGAGCAACAAGAAUGAAAAGUGCUCAGAGUUGCUGGAAGGAAAAGAGGGUGUCUCUUGUUCUUUUUAUCAUGGAGCCCAUAGGCUGACCGAGUGUCUCUCGAUACCGUCGGCAGAUAGAAAACAUCAGACUUGGGAUUUGGAAGAAUUGGUGAGCUUGGGAAAGAAACUCCGAUCCUGCGCCUACUUUGCAGCUCGUGAGCUAAUGGCGUAUGCCGAGAUUGUGUUCUGUCCAUACAACUAUCUUUUGGACUCUCAGAUAAGAGAAAGCAUGGAAAUUGAGCUGAAAGAUCAGGUGCUGAUUUUAGACGAAGCUCAUAAUAUUGAGGACUGUGCACGGGAGUCGGCCAGCUAUAACGUGACGGAGGAACAGCUCAAGUUGGCGCAAGAGGAGCUGGACACGAUGGUGAACAACCACAUUAGGCCGAAUGACCACCAGCCUUUGCGUGCUGUGUGCUACAGUCUGACAAAUUGGUUAAGGAGUGCCUGCAGUCAGCUGAUCCAGAGCGGUUAUGAGACCUCAAGCAAAGUCUGGAGCGGAAGUCAAAUGGUGGCCAUUUUGCAUGAAAUGGGAAUUACAGAUGCCACAUUUCCCCUUUUACAGAAACAUCUUCACGCUGUGCUUGAAAAGGAAGAAAAGAUUUCUGGGUUUGACCAAUUGGUUUCCGUUCCAGUUAUAAGUCCUUCAUCUCAAGUUAUCCUAAAAGGUCUAUUUAUGGUCAUCCAGAAUCUUUUCAAAGAAAACCACAGAUUUGCUGACGAUUACCGAAUUGCCCUGCAGCAAACUUUCAUCUGGAUGAAUGAAAAUCCACCUGAGAUUCUGGAUAAAGACGGUUUCUUGGCCCGUCCUCGGAAAAGAUCACGAUGUAAAACGGCCGUAAACAGCCUCAACUUCUGGUGUUUGAAUCCAGCUGUGGCCUUCUCCAAUUUAAGCAGUGUGGUCAGAUCCAUCGUUUUAACCUCGGGAACGCUUUCUCCAAUGGAUUCCUUUUCAUCUGAGCUCGGGGUGAACUUCUCCAUUCAGCUUGAAGCGAACCAUGUCAUUAGAAAUUCACAGGUCUGGGUUGGUACCAUUGGAGCCGGCCCGAAACACAGGGAGUUACGGGCAACUUUCCAGCACACGGAAACUUUUGAGUUUCAAGAUGAAGUCGGUGAGCUGUUGCUGUCAGUCUGUCGGACGGUACAACGUGGGGUUUUGUGCUUUUUGCCCUCUUACAAGAUGUUAGAUAAAUUGAAGGACCGCUGGCUGCACACUAGCUUGUGGGAAAAGCUGGAGCUGAUCAAAAUAGUCCUUGUGGAACCCAAAGGAGGCGACAAAUCUGAUUUUGAUGAGCUGCUUCAAAUAUACUCCGAUGCCAUCAAGUCUCAGAAUGGCAGAGACGGAGCGCUGCUUAUAGCUGUGUGCAGAGGCAAAGUCAGCGAAGGCCUGGAUUUCUCCGAUGACAACGCCCGGGCGGUUCUCACCAUUGGAAUUCCAUUUCCAAACUUAAAAGAUCUUCAGGUGGAACAGAAAAGGAAAUACAACGAUCAACACUCAAAAGCCAGGGGUCUUCUGACAGGAAGCCAGUGGUACGAAAUCCAGGCCUACAGGGCUCUGAACCAAGCCCUUGGCAGGUGCAUUCGUCACCGAAGCGAUUGGGGGGCCCUUAUUUUAGUUGAUGACCGUUUUGGAAAGAACCCCAGUAAAUACACAGCUGGGUUAUCUAAAUGGAUUCGGCAGCAGAUCCAGCACUACAAAGACUUCGAUUGCGCCCUCAGCGCUUUGGACGCAUUUGCUAAAAUGAACCAGAAUGGCGCUGGAGCUGCACUUCUGGAUAACAACAGCUCUCUUCUCAAGUCUACAAGUCCAAAGACUCUGACACCCCUUUUUCCUCCAGAGGAACCUCUUUCUUUAUCCCCAGGAGCUCUUGGUGAAAAGGAAGCACAAGAUUCAGCUCUGGAAACAGGUGCUGCAGACCGCAUCACAACUCACCCAAUCACAUCCGAUUCUCCAUCUUAUCAGGCCAUAAAACAAAAUACAUUUACAGACUCCAGCCCCAAAGCUUCACCUGUUGAAAACAGGAGGGGAAAAGCGAACGGUCAGUUCUCUGCCGUCAGCAUAAAAAGUUGCUUCACCAAAAUGCUGAAUUCAACGCCAACGGUAAAGAAGAAUUACGUCUUCAAGGCUACCGGACGAACAGAAAGAGCACUAGAGGAAAAGAGUCCAUCUGUUGCCUGUGGACCUCAGUGGAAUACAUUCUGGGUUGAAGAAGACCAACCAAUAAGACAAUUGACAGACGGGAAAAUGAUUAGCAGUUCCCCGCGAACAAAGAUUGGCUCGAUGACUGAGAAAUGUCCCCAUGAAAGCCAGCAGACUGGACAUAAAGACAUGGAGGAGGUAGAGUCUUCUCCAAGGAGAGCAAACAUAGAACUUUCCAGGUCAGACCUAGGUGUCGAAACUGACGCAGGAGAUGACAGGCUGUGUUUUACGCCUGAACUGUAUGAUGACGAAGAGUUGGUGGAAGAGAACAAUGAAGGCUCGAUUCACAAUUAUAACAGUACUUUGACUUCCUUUGAAACUGAAAACGCUGUUCUGGUGGAAAAACUUUGUCCACCCAACGCUCAGAAGCCCGGAGAUGCCACCUCCAGGUUUAAAGGUGAAGCAGGAGCGGACACAGAGUGGUGGGGGAUCAUGGAAGACAAUCAGAAUAACAAACAUGCCAUUGAGGCAGCUGGGCAUAAUGUUGGCCUAGAGGAGGAGGCAAAGGAUAAGAAAAACCAGCUUCCUGGAUCACAGAUCAAAGGUGUGUCUUGCACUCGGUUCACUUAAGCAGUAAAAGUCAGGCUUGAGAAAAAUAGGGUCAACUGUUUCUAGUUAAGGUCAGGAACCGAUUCAGGAGAAUCCGUUUUUCAGAAAACCGGAGGGACAUUCGUACUUCGGGGACAUCUGCCUUCAUGGAAAAAGUUGACUCGGAAUGGAGAUUGACCAACCAUGUCCAAAUAUGUUCCACCUCUCCUCCCGUUCUCUUCUGCAACAUUACAGACGACAGGAAGAUGUGAUGCGGUACUUUUAUCCAUGUUCCUGUCUCUACAAGUGUUGACGAAUGAAAGGGAGCAUCCACCAAGAUGACUGGUGUUUCCAACCAGUCACGGAUUGGACCCAUUCUUAUUACAGAACAUUGCAGUGAAAGCAGAGGAGAUGUAGGAGAAGGACCAGAGUCAAGAGAGGAACAAGCCUGGAGGCCAUUUGUGGGAAUGUCAGGACUCCAGGCUAGUUCCUCUCUUGACUCCGCUCCCUGUCUCUGCCUGUCCUUCUCCUAAAAAAGGCUGAACCAUUCCUUUCAGAAUAGAUCCAACCUAUGAUGGACAACAAUUAGUGUAGUCUUGUGAGAAUAGAGAUGUCAAAAGGACAGGAGAAACCACUUGGGUCUUGGGUUCUUCUGCUGCAAAUGGAUUGUCCCAUCUUUGUUUUAUUAUUAUGUCUCGCCAGCCUAUUUGUAGAAGGAAUCAGGUUUAUAUGAAGAAGCCAGUGAGAUCAUUUCCAAAUAAAUGUAAUAAGGUCUACUUCACUCAUUAUUAUUUUUUUCUUGGGGUAAAGAGGAAAUGUUGAGGUUAUGUGAGUGUAAUUUGAUUUAUUGAUCAAAUAAAUCAAAUCUUUGCAAUGCUUGCAAAGAGAUCCAUUAUUGAAUUAGGUUAGUAGCUACCAGCUUAGGAAGACUGAUCAAAACCAUGUUGGUUUGCUGAAAUUUUGGAGACUACGUUUCCAUUCCCUCUCCUUCGGCCUUUUUAAACAAUCACGUGACCUUCACAGUGUGCCUACCAUGAACUGGGAAAGCUAAACCAAACCAAGUAGCUUUUUUUUUUUACAGCAAAUAUGCAAUUCUACACUUUUAUGUGACAUUAUUCACCAUCAGAAUGGGCAAAACAGAUAUUAUGGCAUAAGCGGGUAGCAAGCAUUAAAUAUCUUUUCAUGAGCCUAUGAUCAACAUAUUUUUUUUAUUAUGAAGAAGUCUGCAGGCUUUAUUUUGCUAGGAAAAUAUAUAGCAUGAAUCAGUGCUGUGCUUCUUCAACAGGACUUUAUUUAGUUUUCUGCAUAAUGACUUGAUUUGUGUCAAAUAUAAAUGCAUCUUCAAAUAUUUUGGGGAGUCAAAUCAAGUCUCAGGCACCGGAGCACGUUUAAUUAAAGAUGUAAGUCUGAGACCUUAUAAGUGAUGGCCAAAAUUUGUGGCACAUCAAGGCUGAUGAGAUCAUUAGAAAUUAAUCUUAUAAUUGGGAACACCACUUCAUAUCCAUUGGUUCUCUUGUAAUGUCCAUUUCUUCUAAAUAGAACAGUUUGUAAGGAACAUAUCAUAAGAACUUAUAAACCCAUUAGUAGCAAUUUUAGAAUAGCUUAUUAACUGUGGUAUAAUUCCCCCCCCCCUUUUUUUUCUCUCUCUCUCUCUCUCUCUCCCAAACCCAUCUUCCUUUCUUUCAAUCUGUUUGGGACAAACAUUUUUCUUAAUCAUUAAUCAUUUUCUUAAUCAUUGUCAAAUAAAUCAUCGUGGCGUGUUAGAUAUUGACCCACGAGCCUCAUCAUUUUUCAUUUGCCUCUUUGUGAAACACAUACUACGAUGGAGUAAUUAAAGGAAAGCUUCUAAAGCAUUAGAAUAAAGUUGUCUUAAAUAAUAUGUUGUCAUUUGAAUAUAAGCAAGGGAGGAUUUGGGGUUUGUCAUAACUAGAAAAAAAAAUUAAUUGAAUCCUGAAUCUAUUGAAGGGCUGAAAGUACAGAGAAGGUAUAAACGAAGAGCCAGGAGGCCAUCUAAUAACAGAGAGGCACGCCAAUAACAGGUAACCUUAAAGAAUGUGUAGAUUGAAGAGUAUGAGUGGUAAUAUGGGUUAUCCAGUGAGGUCCAUGUUGUAUGAAACCUUCAGGUCCCAUUAAAUAAAGAUCUUAAUAGAUAAUGUAAGAUAACAUCCAUUACUAGACCCUUUCUGAUGUUCAUGAAUUUCAAGAUUGAACAAUGGCUAGAAACAUCUUCCUUCUGCAUUGUUCAAGGCCAAACAGAAGAAGACAAGGAGAUGGGAUGCUAUGAGCUUGGUAGACCCAUCAUGCAAGAUCUUCUCAUAUGACUUCCUUCCAGACAUCUUGAGAAGAAACGAGUCUUUAGUUCAUGCUGAGUCGUGCCAAUGUGGACAACGUCCCAGUAAUAUUUAAGUGCUGAAGACAAUUUUCAAAUUCCUUUUUCAACAACAGCAUACGGCUAACCUAGGAAGGGGCACCCACCAUUGCUACACCCAUUGGCAACUACUUCCUCUGGGUUCUGUCAUGUAGGACAGUCAUCUAGUCUUGGUUUCAAAAUGGGGCCCUUGCAGUGCAGGGCGAGAAUUUCCUCACUGGCUUUUCCUGCAAGAUUGAGGUUCUCACAGAGGUAAGCAGAGAAUGGCAUUGGAGGACAUAAUUAAAGAUAGGAAUUCUAUGAUUCUUCCUGGACUUUCACUGCCGUUCCACUGAGAUGACUCUCAAAGUCAACCCACGUUCAUUGUGCAGCAAGCUGGGAAUCAAUCUCUAUAGCUUCCUAAGGGCAUCCACAGGGAUGUCCAACCUUGGCCACUGUAAGA